AUGCCAAUACCUUGUAAAACAGGAUGUGGCAAAAACGCUAUGUUAAAGCGACCUAAGACAGGAGAUGCCUUGUGUAAGGAAUGUUUUUUUUGGGCUUUCGAAACCGAAAUACACUUUACUAUUACCAAGGGAGAAUUAUUUAAACGAGGCGACUAUGUUGCCGUUGCCGCAUCUGGGGGUAAGGACUCGACGGUGCUUGCCCACGUAUUGAAAACACUAAACCAACGAUAUGACUAUGGUCUUAAACUCAUGUUACUCUCCAUCGAUGAAGGAAUUACUGGCUAUCGAGAUGACAGUUUAGAAACUGUUAAAAGAAAUAGAGAUGAUUAUGAAAUGAUGUUAAAAAUCCUAUCAUACAAAGAUCUCUAUGGUUGGACAAUGGAUGAAAUUGUUGAACAAAUUGGAAGGAAAAAUAAUUGUACUUUCUGUGGUGUCUUUAGAAGGCAAGCGCUCGACAGAGGAGCGGCAAUGUUAAAUGUGAAAUGUAUAGCUACUGGUCAUAAUGCAGAUGAUAUUGCUGAAACGGUUUUAAUGAAUAUUUUAAGAGGAGAUAUUGCUAGGUUAAAACGAUGCACUGCAAUUACCACAGGUAGUGAAGGUACAAUUCCAAGAGUUAAACCCUUGAAGUACACUUACGAAAAAGAGAUUGUCAUGUAUGCACAUUAUAAGCAGUUAGUAUAUUUUUCAACGGAGUGCGUUUUUGCACCUAAUGCAUACAGAGGACAUGCAAGGGCCUUACUCAAAGACUUGGAAAAAGUUAGGCCUUCAUGUAUAAUGGACAUUAUAUAUUCAGGUGAAACAUUAGCUGUAAAGGAAGAAGUCUCACUCCCAACAUUAAGGGUGUGUUCAAGGUGCAAAUUUGUAUCGUCACAAGAAGUCUGCAAGGCUUGUGUACUUCUUGAGGGUUUAAAUAAAGGGUUGCCUAAACUAGGCAUUGGUAAAUCUUCAAAAGCAAAGAAAAUGCUAGAACAAUACCAGACAGAGCAAAAAUUAAAAGAAAUUGAUGAAUUAAAUAAUGAAUUUAAGAAAAAGAAUUGUUUAUCUCAGGGGAAACUGUGCAAAUCUGGGUGUAAUAAAAAUAAAGCGAGUUAUAAGAAUAUUGAUAAUGAAUGUACAAGUACAGAGAACAAUUCAAAUGAUGAAUUAUCUGGAAAUCCUAAACUAAAUAUUCUGCUUAAGGAAUAUAGUCUAAAAGAUUCAAAUAAAGAUGAUGAAAAGGAAUCGAAUGAAACUGAAGAUGUGAUUGAAGAAAAUACCUGUGCUGGAACCCAUGGAGGUGAUUGUUUUAGUAUAGCAUUUUAA